AUGUCCAGUUGUACAGAGAGCAAAGAUGACUUUUUCUCCAGGGCCAAUUACGGGGGGUCUGAUGUUAUUCUUCGUAAGAAAAGUGAUGCCAUGUCACCAGAACAUGAUGCUGUCAAGUUGCAGCGACGUACAUCCUACUUGAUGGCCACUGCAAGGGAGCGUACAGAACUCAGUCUCCCUGUUCAGCACCCCCUGGACAGGCUCACCACUGCAACCCAUGCUUUGGAUUCAAUGCACACUUUACCACAUGGUGGCCACCCACAGACAAUACAUGCUAAAAAACCAAAACCAGCCACCCUGAUGGAAGAAAAGAGCACACCGUCCAUAGCCGAAGAACAGCAGCAGCAGCAGCAGCAGCCACAUCAGCAACAACUCCAGACUAAAACAGAGCUUCCACCUCAACCCCCAAGUCCACAAUUUGAAACCCUAAAAGAAGGGAACUUGUCCUGUAAAAGUGCCAUAAUUGAUGGAAAGAGAUCCAGUGACCGUUCCUGGAAAACUUACAUGGUACUCUUAAAAGGUCAUGAACUUUAUCUCCAAGAUAAACGAAAAGAGGGCAAUACAAAUUCUCAGUUCUUAACGGAGAUGGAACAGCCAGUAUCCAUCAAGGGUUCAUUGGUAGAAGUGGCCACUGACUACACCAAGAAGAAAUACGUCUUUCGUCUGACCACACAAAAUGGGUCAGAAUUUUUAUUCCAGGCUGAUGACUCUGAUACGAUGAUGUCCUGGAUUCAGGCCAUCAAAACAAACAGUGAACAGGAAGAUGAGAUAAGAAUUGGUGAUACAGAAGCUACGUCUGCACCAAAUGCCAAAAUCUCUCCACAAAUGCCCUCCAAGAGUUCUAAAAAACUAUCUGGCCUGUCUUUUCGACCAAAAAUCACGCAUUCCCCUAACCUGCGUAGGCGAAAAACUGAAGAAGGUUCCAAGAGUAAAAGUUGGAAAGGUAAACUUGACAGAUUUAAAAAGAAAGGCAACAACACAGCACCAGUUCUUGAGAAACCAAGUGGCUGUUUUGGAAUUCCACUCCACAACUGCAUUCAGUCACCAUACAAAGAGGGUGUCCCUUUCAUGGUGGAUCUUUGCACAAGAAUUGUAGAAGCCCGAGGACUUGAGGUUGUUGGCGUAUACAGGGUCCCUGGCAAUAAACUAGCCAUUUCUAUGAUGCAAGAAGAACUUAAUAAAGGAAUCGAUUACAUAAACCUUGACAAUGAAAAAUGGCUGGAUGUAAAUGUUAUAAGCAGUUUACUUAAAGGUUUUUUCCGAAAACUUCCUGAUCCGCUGGUCACCAAUAAAUUGUAUCCCAGUUUUAUUAAAGCAAACCAAAUUGAACCUGCACAAAAACGGAUGCUGACACUAAAGCGAUUGUUGCAUCAAUUACCUGACAACCACUUUGAAACUUUUCGUCAUUUAGCACUUCAUCUCCGCAAAGUGGCUGACCACAGCUCAAUAAACAAGAUGGGUGCUCGCAACUUGGCCAUUGUUCUUGGUCCAACUUUGAUUCGCCGUUCUGAUGAGGAUGUCCAGGGCAUGGCUGUUGACAUGUCACACCAGUGUCGAAUCAUAGAAAGAAUUAUUCUUCACCCGGAUUGGUUCUUUAGUUCUUGGGAUGAAGAUUGCAAUGUUCCAUCUGAGGAGAAUGGAACAGCAGAAAAUGUACCUGGGAGUACCCCAAGUUCAGUUAUGAAUUCUUUGGCCUCACCUGAUGGUGACAGCCUUGAAGAAGCUGAAGAAAUUAAUCCAAGGGAUAUCCUGGAAGAUAUGAUAGCUGCGGCUCAUCAAAAACUCCAAUCCAGUGAUAAGAAGAAUGUCGAUGAACCAGAUGCGCCAUUGACACCAAGUGCCCAAUAUGAAGAACGAGAUAUUGAUGCUGAAGUUGCAAAGCAUCAGGCCAAAACUCAGGCUAGUCUGACGGAUCUGCACUCAACCAGUUCCCAGAGCCAACUAGACACUAUCUCCUAUUCUAGCCACGUGACGAAUGAACGUAAAGCGUCGGCUUCGUCAUCUUCUAUCGGUAAUGACGAUCUGAUGGACUCGGGGUUUCUUUCCAAGUUCCACAACAGUAUUAAAAGGGAUGCGCCAUCACUUGUCGCGUCAUUAUUCCAACGAAUCACUUGUCGAGAAGAUCUGAGUCAGGAUACCCUCGAUAGUUUACGGGCACUCCGGGAAUUAGACGCCCAGCGUCAGCGAGAAAGUGAGCAAAGACGGAUGGAGUCCAGAAAAAUUGACCAGGAAUAUCUGCGUACGAAAGAAGAGAUGGAAAUGGAGGAGCAACACAGCAUCGAGGAUCUUUUGAAUCCGAAAACGCGGAUCUUGUCUUCCUACACCACAGGUUACUCUUUGACCUCCACUCCUUGCAGCACACUGUUUGAUGGCAUCGAUUCUGUUCUCCAGCAGCCAAUAUCAGGGAAAGGGUGGCUGACACCUUCCCCUUCAUCUUCGUCCAACAAAGCAAACGAAGCCGUUGGGGGCAAGUACUUUGUUAGCGUGGGGAAUAGCAAAAUGUCGGACAAACGAACAUAUCAUCCGGCGGGAUUGGACAGCAAUAAACGUUCGAAUUCUCUGGAAGCGAUACUGGACGCUGCCCAGCCAUGGUGCUCGAGUCCGAACUCACGCAAAUAUUGUGACAGCGAAAGCAGCCCCCUACAAGAAAGUGAUCUGUGUCUUGGCCUUGGCAACAGUCUGCGGCGCGGUUCCUUGGAUUCCAUGAUAGACUUUUACGACAAGCAUGAAAAUCGCUUGUCCUGGGAAUCGACCGAUUCAGAAGAUGGAUCCGACUUGCUUACUAGCCUUACAACCACAUUUGACCAGAAGUUGAAAAUCUUGCUGAACCCUAACAAGUAUAAACUGAAUAGUAAUUUCCGACCACGGUCAACAGCCAGCUCAACCUUGCCAUCAACUUCACCAUCAUCGCUGACAUCUCUACCACCCCCAGCCCUGGCCAUAAGCCAUGCCCCGACGACCACAAUGUCUAGGUACACAGACGCAGGUCCAAUCAGUAUUGUCAAUGAUGUGACUGGUGAGGAGAGAGACUUUAACGGUGAUGCUCAUACUGAUAGCACACGGAUGCUAAAUUUAGGGCUGGCUUAUAGUUGGCAGGCGAAGAAAAACUUAGACAUGUUUGACAGUUUCCGGGACCCCAGUCUGCACCGGUCACAGAAAUCAGAAACUAAAAUUGGCAUUGCCUCCCGUUUCACGCGGAGCAACCCAAAUCCUACUCCGCACAUUCCGGGAGAGAGAGCAAUCAUUACUCAUGGUGCUGCUCCUAUAGCAGCUAGCCACCUUGCAUCAUCAGAGUAUGCCCAGCGGCGUAACAACGGGGCCGGCAUCAGUCCAGACGGACGGGUUCGAUACUUGUCACCAAUCUCUGACACGCCUUCUAUGCCAAAAGACUAUUAUUUGCAUAAAAAGAAACUGAAAACUUAUUUUGACAAAGGAGGCUCUUUAGGGGGUGUCAACAGUGAUAACGGCAAUAGCAGCAAAAGUGGGUUUUCGGUUUUAAUGGGUAGGGAUCUUAUGGCCAAGGCGGACGUUAGCCCUCUGCUGUCAACCACUGUCGGGAAAGUGAGUACGAGUGAGAAACACCGUUCAACCUCACCUCCUACAGUACCGCGACGAAAAGUUCGAGUUUCUUUAUUACAACAUAAAAAAAAAAACAUGAAAGGAAGCAGGCGAAUUCCUUUCUGUUCGAUAUUAUUUUGUUUUAAUUUAUUAAUUUAUAAUUUCUGUCUCCGUUUCUCUGCUUCUGUUGAUUUCAUUCACCCCCGCCCUACUAUCUCUCUUAUUUCCUUCUGUCGCUUUCAUUUAUUUCUUCGCACUCUCUCUCUCUCUCUCACUUAUUUUAUUAUUCUUUGCUUUCAUUCUCUCUAUCAUUCUUCUUUAUCUUUCUUUUCUCUCAUUUCUUUACCUAUCGCUUUCAUGUUCUCUCUCUUAGUCUCAUUUCUAUUUCCCUUUAAUUCCAUCUCUAUUACUCCCUUUUAG